GAACUGAUUUUUCUUUCAAAUAGUGUUAUCAUUCAGGUUGCAAUGUUUUCGUAUAACAAAAAGGCUGAGCGCCUGGUGCGAGACCUCAUUAGUCGUAUCACCGCAGAUGAUAAUGAAAAUUCCGACUCUGUUUCGAAGUUGGAAAAGCAAAUUAAAUCAACCCUGAAGCACCAUCGCUUUCUUGACGUCAACAGUCACGAGAUUAAGAGAACAAUCGAAGGUCUUGAAACUAAACUGAGAGUACAUAAUAAGAUACCAGAAGCUGAUUUACUGCAAGAUUUGUUCGAUAAAUUCAUUCAUUUUGGUUUUGAGGAAAACUCAGCUCUAAGUGAUUUUAACUUCUCAUGUGUGUCAUUUCUGCAUUUAUGUGCCUAUCAGCCUACUGAAAAUGAUUUCACACCUGAGCUGAAAGGGGUUCAAAAAGAAAACGACGACGAAGACAUAAAGUUGUGGACGGAAUGGUUAAUAAGUAACCGGAAGGCAAAUGGUUUUAUUGAAGAUAACAUGGAUGAUCAUGAAAAUGAUUCCGAACUAAGUGAUUGGGAUUUAGAAGCUGAUAGUGAUAAUCCGGAGGAUAAUAGAAUUGAACCACGGAGCGGUUUGCGUUUAGAUAGAAAUUUUAAAAAUCAGCAUCAAAAUGAACCAAUAGUUGUCGAGGCAUCGGAUGAUGAGCAUGAGCAAAAAACGGACAUUGAUGAGAACUCAGCAAAUGAUAGUUCAGACGACAGCCAAUUUAACCUGAAACAAGUUGAAUAUACUUUCGAAAAUCUAGAUGACCGCAAUUUCUACUGGCGACCAAAUCGCGGGUUCGACAAAGCGCUGCUAGAAUUGACAUUGGAUAUAAAAAACGACGAUAACUCUUUUUUCGCGAAAUCGUAUUUAGCUUUGAGAAGUAGCAAUCCUUUGCUUCGGCCUGUUAAAAGUUCAUCGAUUUGCCUAACUGAAUCUCUUAUAAUUCGUGAGUGCAUAUGGUCGCUACUCAGCAACGAGAUAAAUUUGACGAUUUUCAUAAAAGCGCAAAAUAAUGAUGAGUUUAUCGUCAAUCCUGAUGUAUUUCUGACUCAUUUGAGCUUCUCAUCUCUGAAAAGUACAUUAGCUAGUUUCAUGAAGUUUAGAAACGAUGUUACGAUUUGUCGUCAACUUUGCGCAGAGUUUGAACCUGUAGUUAGCUGUGUUGCUCUUACUGAAUUUGCGCAGUCAGCUAGGAAUGAAAUUCUUGAACCAUUUGAAAAUUUUCUCCUGAAUAUUGAACAAAAAACUAAGGAUAGCUAUACCACCUACUCACUUCUGAGUUUCUACCAAGAUGCUACAGACUGGAGAAUUCUUUUUGGCUUUUUGGCGGAAAUUUGCAACAGAAUUUUCCAUAAAUUGUACGAAGUUUCAUCUUUUCCGGAGAAAGAAAGCUCGAACAAUGGUACAGCGACGUUAACGUUAUUUGUCUUAAAACAGGCAAGCUAUAUGUUGAAUAAAUUUCUGCUAGGACUUUCAAAACCCAAAUGUUUGAGCUUGCAAGCAUUUGUUAAUAUCUUUACUAGCACUUGGGGUGCCAGUUUGAAAAUUGUGGAAAACUGGAUAAAGUUGGGUUGUUUGGACAAAACCAGAGCAAAUGAAUUUUUCAUUAAAAGAAAUGCUGCUAUUGAAAUAGUUUCGGCAAUGUUUUGGAAACAAGCCUUUGUUCUCGAAGGUGAAACGCGGAAUUUUUUGAGCGAACACGACAGGAAUUUCUUCUUGAAACUUGCUGAUGUGGCAAAAGCGGUAGAAAUGAUAACUAAUUCUAAGAUAGCUUUACCGAAUGGAUUUCCACCAGAUAUUGUGGCAGCGUUCAAAAAGGAAACGAAUGCGUAUUUUGAGCUUCCAGAAAUUACUUUUCGUAAUAAAAGUAUUGACGACGCAAACUUAUACCUACAGGAGUCUAUUCUUGAUGUUGAAAUCAAAACAGUUCUUCGAAAUGAAUCUGAAAAUCUACUUGAGAAGAUAUGUACAAAGACUUCGAGCCCGGUUUAUAAGCGGAAUAUUUAUCGGGCUAAAUUUCCCGCUUAUAAAAUAAUUUUGAAAGAACUUAACGUGGCAAACAUUUUGCUUCUGUCGGAGAUCAAAACAUCUGAAAUGAAUCUUUUUACAAGAGGAGUAUCAGCACUAUACUUAUUUCAGUCUAAUUCUUCAGAAAUGCACGAUUUUCUGUUUGAGCUAUUUGAAGAUUUGUCUUUGAAGCGAAAGUGGAAAGAUCCAACAAUGUUGACUUUGAAACUACAAGAUGUUUUCGAGAACUCAAACAGUGGACUUACUGAAGAUUUCUAUGAAAAUAUUGUGGCUUCAUUGAAUAGCAACGAAAGUUCAAAUCAACCAAAUGUCAAUCAGAAUAUGAUUAAUCAAUUGAGUGAACUGAAAAUCAUGCUCAAUGUUUGGUGGCCUGUCAGCGUGGUAUUUUCUCCUGAUAUUUUCUACACGCUCAAUAAGGUUUUCGUGUUUUUGUCUCAAAUUAAAUGGGCAAAGUAUGCGACAACGAGACUGAAGUUAUCUUCCCUUCAGCGCUAUUUUAGAAGUCAAAAAGACGGUGGCGGUAGACUGAAGAAUCUGUUUUACAGAUUUCGCUUCAGAAUUAUUCAUUUUGUCAAUGUGCUGGAAACAUAUUUCAUGACCAGAGUAAUACACGCUACUCAUAAUUCUCUGAACGAAAAUAUCUCCAAGGCUCGAACGAUAAACGAUGUUUUGGAUUCAGUUAAUGAAUUUGCGACUACUUUGACGAACAGGUGUCUUCUGAACAAAGAGUCCGGCAAAGUGCGUUCAGCUCUGAUGUCAGCGUUGAACACUUUCCUGCUUUUUGUGAAACAGUCUGAGAAAAUGACGUGUUCCGAUGUGAAUCUGGAAUCAAUUGCGCCUGGAAUUGAACAAGCCUACCAGACAUUUGACAACAUAUAUUUGUUCAUACAGUCUUUGCUGAGGAAACUCGUCAAAAGAGGUUCUUUUCAACACCUUGAAUCCCUAGCUUUUGCUCUCUCGUAGAUGUUAAAAUUAGAACUAUUGUAUAAUUUAGUUUGGUAAUCUGAAAUUGAACUUUAUUUUAAA